CAUCAUCAAAACGCGUUGUCUCCGUGUUAAUUGUUUAACUAACAAAUAUGGCUGGGCGAUCAAAAAAUAGAUUCGCAAGAAAAUGGAAAAAUGAGGUGAGCCUAAUCAUGGUGUCUCUCGGAUGCCAUGUUACCACUGCAUGAUAUACAUAUGUGAUAUGAAAAAUACAAGGAUGUAGGAUGUAAAAUACAAGGAGUAGCGGGGAUGAAAAAAAUUACACGAGCUUUUAUACUAGUGAAUAUAAAAAUUAUUACGUGACAAAAAAGGCAAAUAGAUGGAUUUAGUCGAGACAAAGUGUAAACAAAAAAAUGUAAAUCACACUACAGAAUAUAUUAAUACGAAAAAACGAAAACUACAACAAAUACAAAAAACACAAAAAACAUGCAACCUUAUAUUCCUUAUGCCAACGACAUCAUUGUCCGAGCUAUAUUUUUGACAAUAUAUAUUGUAAUGAUUGCGACAGCGAUACGUUUGUGUUCAGCUUUGUCGAGUUUUGAGUUGGUCUUACGCAAAAAUAUUUGCGUUUUUGUAAAUUUCAAAAAUUUGAUAAUAUAGUACUUUCAUUAUCCUGAAUCCGAUUCUGGGUUUAUUUCAAAAUAGGUCGCAAUCUUGUUGCUUGUACUCAAAUUUGGAUAAAUUCCUUGGGUAUUUAAUUAUUUCCCGUGGCAACGCCUUUAGCAACGGCUUUGUUUUCCGUUUUCCUCACAAAUAAAAUCGGUUUUAUUUGGUUUCCAUGCACAUGAAGUAUUUCUUCACAAUUUCUAAAUAACCGCUGGUAGUCCAGUUCGCUGUCUUGAAUAUCAUAAAAUGUUUAUUUCAAAGUUUUUGAAGAAAUAUUUUAUACUGUAGUCUGCACUUUUAUUGUGAUAUAUUGUCAGAAGUUAUAAAAGAAACGCAAAUAUAUGUAUCACGGAAACCAGUUCAAUAAACACGAAACUCUAGGAAGAUGUUCUGUGUCUGGUUGAUUAUGUCAAUGACAAAAGACGUAAUUGGCUUAAAUAAACAAAAGGAAUAUUGUUCUUGCUUCGUUCUUUAGAAAAUCCAUUUAACAGCUUAUUCUUUUGUCAUUAUCAUAAUCAACCAAUCACAGAACAUCUUCCUAGAGCUUCGUGUCGACCCGACCAGUUUAGUGAGAAAAAAAAGAAAUUGGGCGCUGUGCAACAUGAAAAUUCCGGCAGUAAUGUUGGAGACUUGGAGUAACCGAGGGACAGACAGCAUCAGCAAGAAAGGAUCUCAUCUGUCAAAUUCUUGUGAAGAGAACUGUAGCCAGUCGUCUAUAUCUGACUAUAAGAUAUUUAACAUGGAAAAAUUGGCUAAUGUUUUACAACAAGUAGCUUGUAGUGGCUGUGGUGAGCAACUUUCCACAUUCCUGAAAACUUUUCCGAAAGAAAAGGUUGCUCGGUUGCUCUUCACUAUUACAUCUACACUGCUCUUCAUGUGGUUGGCAACACUCUUUCUACACUUCAGAGAAAAUUUAAAAUUAUUAUGAAGUAAACUGGAGAAUUUUUUAUGGGAUGAGAACUAUUAGCAAAUGAGAGCAAUUUUGUGGCUUUUCUGUAAAGCAAUUUUGUGGCUUGAUGAACAUGCCUCCACUUCCCAAGUCUAAAGCCCAUAGAAACAAAGCGAAAGGUACAAAUGAGUAUACAGAGUAGGUUUUCGACUCCCGAGACGGUGAUAAAAAAGGUCAAGUUAAUCUUUGCCCAGUUAAGUGAAGAUAUUUGCUUGAUAAAUGUCUUGACGGGAAGACUCAAAACCAGAAUGAAUUCCUGAAUGGAGUUAUUUGGGCUAAUAGUCCAAAGUGUGUGUUUGUCGGGGAGUGACACACGGUGUUUAAAAUGCUGUGGCGAAUUUCAAUAUUGCUAACAAGCAUUACUAAAUAUUUUGAAGAAAGCUGCAGGAAUGGAGCUAGGGAGGUUCUGUACACAAGAGGUGCGAUGUACAGCUUUUGUUAGAGUAAAGAAAGCUAACUAAAAAAACAAGGACGAGCUUAAAGUACGCAGGAAAAUACUCCGGUCCGUCGGCGGAAGAAACGUAUAGUGACAAAACCGAAGAAGAAAGAAAAAGUUACAUAUGCCCCAGGGUCAUUUUGAUCACUGAAACAUUUCAACUUAUUAAAACAAUGUUACCACAUAUAGAUAGCUGAUUUUUGUCAAGGUCUUCAUCAAAAUGGAGGAAGAAACUAGUUUUGUAAACUUUACAAUUUUUUCUCAAUAUUGCAAAUUUGCCAUGUUUGCGAAAUUAAAACACAAUGUCUCAAGUUGGAAUUACCACUUUCUAAUGAAACUUCUCCAGUUAUUAGAUAUAUGCUGCUGCUCCAGAAUCUAGAGCUAAAAUAUACCUGAUUUUGUACUUUGUGCCCUGAUAGGCCAACUAGCCGUUUGAUCAAGAGCCCCAGGCAUUAAUUUUCGUUUUUUGUCUUAAUCUGGCCAUUUGCUUAUAGAUGCAGGAUAUUUUUGGUCUACACCCUAGAUAAUUGUUAUAUUUACAAUGCCAGACGGGUUUGUUGUUUUUUAAAUGUUUAGAUUUUCUUUAAUUGUGUUUUUAAAAUUGGCCAUUUUACAGUCCCUGUGGAUUCUGUUAUCUCGUAACUAUGGUAACUGAUAUAUCCCAAAACUACAUGUUUGUCAAAAUUAAAACUCUGUUUGUCAUUUCUUGCUAUUGGACACAACAAAACAGCAAUUAAAGAAAGAAAUAACAUUCUUUUGUAUGACAACCUUAAAACGAGUGCUUGCGACUUAUCACGUACAAUUUUUAACAAUACUGUAUAAACGCAAUUUCAAUUCAAUCGCGAAUCAUACUUGAGAUAGAUGUUCCCAUACUUGAGAUAGAUGAUUUAUAAGUUUCUAGCACGAGUUUCUAAUUGGAACUGCUUUUAAUUAUUCAUUUACUUAAUUCAAUUAAACAGAAUAACUGCAAUAUAUACAUGCAGUAUAAGCCUAAUUAGGUCAAAACUGAUUUGUGGUCAUAUGAUUUGUGGUCAUAUGACGUCAGAUAAAUGCAAUGUAUCCCGCCGGGCAUCAAGUGAAAAAUUGUUGCUCCCCCUCGACCUGCUACGUAUACAUAAAUAUAUUAAAUUAAACAAAAUGGCGGCAGAACUAGCAUAAUUAGAAACUACGAUUUUCCAAAUUUGUCAUGUGUUCAAGAGAAAGGAAAAAUAAACAACAGGUACAGAUAGAUACAGAUAUUUCACAGCACACUCCCUAUAUUAGGGCUUUAGCAGGAUAUGCUGCUGCAACCAUUUAAUAAGUAGGUUUUUUAAUUUUAAACUCGUUUACACUAUAGAGUUUUUGUCACGAAAUACACUUGCUGUAUGAAUGUUGUUGAAUGUUGAUUUUUGUUCGUCGCUAUAUAACAAAACGCUUAAUUCUGUUCCCUCGGGAAAUAGUUUUGUUUUCCCUCGAAUCUCAAUGUUUUCCUCGAUUUCGUCUCCGGAAAGAUUAAGACUCUCGGGAAAACAAAACAAAUUAUUUUGCUCUGGAGCAGACAUUAAGUGUGUAAUAUCAUAGUUAACUCGGUUUCUUUUGUUUCAACAGGGACGUUUAAUCACGUAUUUCCCUCAUUACCCAUGCAUACGCUUUUGUCUUCUAAAUUUCCCCUAGUUGAAAACAAAGGAUUUCUUUGUCAAAACUUAUAAAAUAUCCUUAUUAAUUAAAAAUUAAUAUCAUAAAAUAUGUACGUAAUUUUAUUCUAAGUUAAUUUAAAACUCUAAGUCUAUAUAAAAUAGAUACUUAGCUUCUUAGUAUAGUUGAUAUAUUUUACAUAAACGUUCCUGAAAAUGUCACAUUCCAAGAUAAACUUGAUUGCAAACCUUUGAACACGCCCAAUGGCCGAAUUUUUUAGUUCCCUUUUGUAUCAAGUGAACAGACGAAGUUAUUCUUUUGUAUAGAGACCAAGUCAUUAUGGCAGUCUGCAGGAUAUCCGCUAUUUGGAUUACGAAUUGGAUGAUUCCAUGGUAAUAUGUCAUAUAAUUAACAAUUAUUGCGCGUGCAUGGUUGAUAAUUAUUGCCCGUAA